CUUUUACCCAAUCAUCACAAAUUAGACCAUAACUGACAGCCGUUUCGAUCAAUAAUAUUAUGGUCCCACCCACCGAAGGCGGUCAGAUAUUCUACCGGAAAUGCACAUUGUUUUUCGUUGUUCGAAAGGCAUGCACGAUUGAAGGGUGAAUGGAGGCAACACAGCUGAUCGAUGACUCAAUAUUGGAAGAGUCAGAGGAGGAGGAGGAUGGAGAGAAGCGAGGAGAGCCACUGGCCAAACUCAGGGUGUUAAAAAAUAAACACAUCACAGAGACUGAGUUGCCUCUCUACCAGGGAGAAAAUGUGUUGGGUCGAAACCCAGACUCCUGCUCCCUGCCCCUUGUGGCCCGCUCCGUAUCCAAGCAACACACCAUCAUCUCCAUCUCAAUGUUUCGCGGCAACCGUCGUCAUGGCAACGUUGCCGCCAUGGAGACAGAGGCUUUAGUGUGGGACCUGGGCAGCAUGAACGGGACAAGGAAGGGCCGGACCAAACUGACCCCUCACGUCCGCUACGCUCUGACCGAGGGAGAGUGUGUGGUAAUAGCUGACAUCCCCUGCCAGUAUGUCUCUGUGGACCAGAGGGGGGGACAGGGGCACAUGCAGAACCCGACAAACGCACACUCUGGAAGGAGGUCAGGGCCAGACAGGAAGGCCCAGCUCAGAGGAAGCCCUAGCGGCCAAGGUCUGGGACGAGAGACUGGCACACCGAAGACUGAGGGUAGAGGAGUUAAUGGAGAGAUUGGGGCACCAUCGUUGACUGAGCUGGGUGGAAAGGGUAAAAAUCUGGCCAAACCCCUGUCAUUUGAACAAACCCCCACACAGCCUGAGAGGACACUGGUGCCUGAGUCUGACUCCGAUGGAGAGCAAGAGGGACGGAGAGACAAACGGGGAAAGUACUUUGUCUCUGAUUCUGACUCGCACAUGUCCAGUCCCACCUGUUCUACAUUCCUCAGUCCUACAACCAACGUCAUUCCAGAGAGUGAGGACGAGAGCCCCAUCACUCCCUCCUCCUCUGCUAUAAACAGACCCAAGACAAUAGUGAGCUUCAGUGAGGAGGAGAGCGACAUGGAUGGACCGAGACAGCAGCCCAGGAGAAGAAGAGCUCAAGUGAUAGUGGACGACAGCGAAGAAGAGGAGGAGGGGAAGGAAGGCACAGAGGCACUAGGAGAGAAGGAACCUGGGAAAAGGACAAGAGGAAAGGAGGAAGUGUCAGUGGUGAACCAGGUCAGUCAAGCUGAGAGAGAUGGACCAAUGGUGUCUACAGAGGACACAUUUAACAUGGACAGUGACACAGACGUAGAGGGAGAGGAGGAGAUGGGGCUGUCUGCACCUGUAAACGCUGUUAAGCCACCAGCCGCAACAGAACCUCCUACUACAGACUCUGACCCAGGCCAGAUCCACAUGGACAGUGAUACUGAUGUAGAGGAAGGGGAUACUAUGGACAGUGACUCUAAGUUAAUGCUAACUGCUGCCGAUGUGGAGAGGAAACCAGUAGAUUCUGUCCCAGUGGUGCAGCCAACAGAGAUACACCUGGACAGUGAUACAGAUGUGGAUGAUGAUGAUGAUGUUGUUGUGUCAGACAGUGCUACCAAUGUUACCUCCUUCGUAUCCGAUCCGGCUGAGAAACCAGACAAUCCUGCCCCUGCAGUGCCACCCGUAGAAUUCCACCUUGACACUGACACAGAUGUGGAAGAGGAGGACACAGACACACAUUCCAAAACAGUUCCAGAAUCAGAUUCUAGUGGGAUCAGAACAGGGAUUGCUGGUCCCCAGGAGAUCCUUUUGGACAGUGAUACUGAUGAAGAAGACAACCCGUUUACCCCUCCGGCCAGCAGUAGAACAGCGGAGCUCCUUAAUCCACCCACCAGUGUAAGACCUGCAGCUGCUGCUCCUCUGGAGGUCAGGUCUGACAGCGACACAGACUUAGAGGAAGACGCCACACAGACCAUGAACCUUCCUCCUCCUAAUGUCACCACGGUAACGGAGGAUGCGGUGUUCGCGUCGCGACAGGCCGUGCUUCCAUCACCCACAAUAACAACAACAACCGGUGCUGUUACCAAGACAAUCGCUCUCAGGUCUCAGGACUCUGAUGCUGACACAGAUGCUGAGGAGGAGAGGUUGGAGCCCAAACCCCCCCGGUGUCGGCCCCCAGCAGGGAUGGUCCCGGAGUCGGACCUCAAUGAGCCCAGUGACUUCAGGAUGGACAGUGAUACGGAGAAGGAUGGACCAGGGGAGGCAGGCCAGGGACAGACUGCAUGUCGGCUCAGAGAGGGGGCAGCUGGCCCUGGGCUGCUCCCCCUGGGGGGUUCCCCUGGCCCUCAUCAGAAGUGCUCCACCCCUUUGGCAUCGUCAGUACAGGAGGAGAUGGAGACUCAGGCCUUCUUCUGUCCCUCUGACCCCUUCAGACGCCCUGCUCUCCCUCCUGUGCUGAGGCCUACAGCAGCAUUGUCCUGCUCUGCAUCAGACAGCCAGGAGGACGAUGACUUUGUGGUGGCCGAGACCCAGUCAUUUGUGUUGGAGGCCCAGAACCAGGGCCAUCAGAGCAGCCUUCCAGUGGAACCAACUCUGGAUGCUACACAGCCCUAUGGUUUGGAGCCUUCCUUGGGGGAGGAGCAGCCCAGCCGAGGCUCCUUCCAGCUGGGUCUGUCAGACAGCAGCCACCUCCACCUCCAGGCCAGGGACCAGGCCUCAGAGAGCACCCAGGCAUUCAGCUUCCCAGGUGGGGAUUCUGACCUGGAGGCCACCCAGACCUAUGGAUCUGGAGGGAGGAGCGAGGAGCCUUGCCUUGGCCAGAGGUCUGCGGUGUUCAGGAGGAACAGGCAGGGGGAUUCUGACCUGGAGGCCACACAGACCUAUGGAUCUAGAGGGGGGAGCGAGGAGCCUGGCCUGGGCCAGAGGUCUGCGGUGUUUGAGAGGAACAGGCAGGUGGACUUUGCCCUGGAGGCAACACAGGCUUAUGCUGCCCAGCCUCGCAGUGACACAGAGGAGGAAGAUGAAGAGGAGACCCCCACCACGUCUAAUGUUGCUACAACUGAAACCCUGCCCAUGUCUGCCUAUGAGGAAGAGGACAGUGAGGAGGAGGAAGAUUUGGUUGGGGCCAAGCCCCUGACCCCAGUAAGGAGAGGGAGAUCUGGAGGAGCGAGGGAGAGAGAGGAAGAGGAGCAGGAGACCCAGACUGGUGAGGUGCUGACCAACCAAUACCUCUCCACAGCUCAAACUCUGGACAUGGUCCAGGAGAGUGAUGAUGAGGAAGAAGCCAAACCAGACUCGCCCAGAAGAAGACGGACCCAAAAACAGACAGUAGACGAGGAAGAGAGACAGACUGUCAGCUCCUACCUCUCCACUGCUGAAACCCAGCCCAUGUUUACUGCUGCUGCUGCUGAGGAUGAUGAUGAUAAUGAGGAGGAAGAACUCAAACCUCCAUCACCCAGAAGGAGGGGAAGGUCCCAGAGAGGCAGAGUAGAAGAGGAGGAGACACAACCUAGUGAGUUCCUCACCAGCUCCCACAUCUCCACCGCUGAAACUCAGCCUAUGGGUACUUGUGACACUGAGGAAGAGGAGGAGGAGGACACCAAAGCUAAAGGACAGGCUCAGAGAGAGCGAGGGAAAGAGUCGGAGGCUGGGACAAGCGGUGUCAGCAGUAGAGGUAGAAGAGGAGCUAGAGGAGGAGAGGAGGAGAGCUCUGAGACUCUGAAAACGCAGAUGAGAGGAAAGGGGAAGGCUGUGAACACCGCGGGAGGCGGAGGGAGGAGAGAGGUGUUGCCUGAGGAGGAAGAGAGUGAGAAAGAAGAAGAGGCGGAGGUGGUUGAGCAAGGGAGGAGGGGAAUAGGAAGAAAGAGUGUGAAACAACAGAAAGAGGGAGAAAAAGAAAGACUUGAGGAGGAACGGAGAGAGGAGGAAGAGGGAAUAGAGAAGGAAAGACAAGAACAGGCUGAGAAGGAACGGUUGCAGAAGGAAAAAGUAGAAUCAGAAAGGGUUAUGAAGGAACAACAGGACAGAGAGAGGAUGGAACAGGAACUUAAAGAACAAGAUGAGAGAUUAGAGAGUGUGGAAAGAGAAGAAACAGAAAGGAUGGAGAGGGAGAAAAGAGAACAAGAGAAAAGAGAAGAAACAGAAAGGAUGGAGAAAAGAGAACAGGAGAAAAGAGAAGAAACAGAAAGGAUGGAGAGGGAGAAAAGAGAACAGGAGAAAAGAGAAGAAACAAAAAGAGAAGAAACAGAAAGGAUGGAGAGGGAGAAAAGAGAAGAAACAGAAAGGAUGGAGAGAGAGAAAAGAGAACAGGAGAAAAGAGAGCAGCUUGAGAGGGAAAGGAAGGAACGAGAAGAGCAAGAAAGACUGCAGUGCGAGAGGACAAAAAGAGAAAAGAAGGAGAGAUUAGAGGAAGAAAAAGAAAGAAUAGAGCGGGAGAGGAAAGAAAUAGAAGAGAGGAACAGACUGGAGAGGGAGGAAAAAGAGAAGCAAGAACGAUUGGAGAGAGAAAACAGGGAAAGGGAAGCGCUUGAGCGAUCAGAGAGAGAAAGGGUGGAGAAAGAGAGGAUAGAGGGAGAACAAGCAGAAAAGCAAAGAUUGGAGAAAGAAAAAAUGGAAAGGGAAGAGAAGAGAAAACAGGAGAGAGAACUAUUGAAGAAGAAAAAGGAAGAGGAGAGAAACCUGAAAGAAAAACUGGAGAGGGAGAAGAAGGAAAGAGAAAAGAGGGAAGCAGAGGAGAAAGAAAAGGAGAUAAAAGAACGACAGGCGAAGGAACAAGGAGAAAAACAAGCCAAGAAAGACGACGAAAAUGAGCUAAAAACAUCCAGGAGAGGUCGCAGAGCAGCAACCAGGAGAACCGUCACGGUUCCACCCACAACGGAACCACAACCUGAACUUAAUAUUCUGUCCAGCACACCAGAACCAGUCCCAGCUAGUAUAACUAGGUCUCGCUCCAACUCUUCCAACUCUGUCAGCUCUGAGAGAUCCAGCAUAGACACCCUGGGGAGCAGAGGGAGAGGGGGCAGGAAGACCACCAGCACCACAGAGCCAGCCCCGGAUCCAGACAACCCCACCCGCAACAGCACCAGGAAAAGGACGUUGGUCGGGACGGUUGUGGCUCCCCCUGCUGCUGUGGAGGUCACAGCGCAGGACAUUCUCUCCAGCGAACAGUUUGUUGCCAGGAGAACCCGCUCCAGCUCCACCAACUCCCACAGCUCCACCAACUCGGAGGUCUCCACCUGUAUCGUGGAUAGCGUGAGCUCUCAGAGCAAAGGGAGGGGAGGAGGCAGAAGGAGGAAGACUGGGACAGAGUCUCUCUCCCCCAGUAACAGGCAGAGUGAGCAGCCUCCAGCCCCCAAGCCCACAGCCAGAGGCAGGAGAAGCCAGAAGGUUGAGGAUGAUGGUCCACACCCUGUUAUUAAUGAGAAGGCUGAUUCUCAGGAGGCUGGUGGUACCACUAGAGGGCAGAAUAAAACUGCCAAAACCAAUGAGCCAGACCCUGUAGUAGCAGAUGAAGAAACCACUCCAGCCCAGGUAACAGAGGACUCCCCCGUUCCUAGAGGGAAUGGAAGAGGCCGGGGCCGAGCCGGCCAGAAAGACAACACACCUGAAUCCACCACUACAACAGCAGGAGGGGACACUCCAAGUGAAGAGGGACUGGAGUCUAAAACAGGUGGGAGAGGGAAAGGGAGGAAGAGGGGGCUUGGAGAGGAGGAGGAGGAGGAGAACAGUGGGUUCAAGGUUCCCCGGAGGAAAGCUAAGGUUCAGAGGGGAGGGAGAUGCAGGGCAGCAGAGGAGAAAGGAGAGAAAGAGGAGAAACCUGCAUCCACUCCAGCAAAGAGAGGCAGAGCCUCCACUGCACAGGUGAAAAAGAUAGCAGAGGAGGAGAAGAGUAUGGCGGGACAGAGUGAGAAGAUGGAAGAGGAAGAGGCUGGUGCUGUGCAGAGGAAAGUCCGAGGCAGGCAGUCGACGGUUCAGAUAAAGAAGAAAGAGGAACCUGUUUUGGACUCUGUGGUGCCACAGACCCCUACAGGUAAGGGCAGAGGUAAACGUAGGGCCCCUGUGGAAUCAUCACCACUAGCCAGGACCCCUCGCUCCUCCUCUGCCUCUCCCCUGUCCUCCCUCUCCUCCCCUGGGACACUGGGCCCAGCGAGGGCCGCCACGCAUUCCUACAAGGUGUUGUUUACAGGAGUGGUGGAUGAGGAGGGGGGGAAGGUGGUGUCUUGUCUGGGGGGCAGCCUGGCGAAGGGCGUGGCUGACAUGACCCACCUGGUGACUGACCGGGUCCGACGCACCGUCAAGUUCCUGUGUGCUGUGGCCCGCGGCAUGCCCGUCGUCACCACCGAUUGGCUGGAUAAGUGUGGUAAGGUGGGUCAUUUCCUACCUACUGACAGGUACCUGGUGAAGGAUAGGGAGCAGGAGAACAAGUUCAGCUUCUGUCUGGAGGAAUCACUGAGGACCGCCAGCACCCAACCUCUACUACAGGGUUAUGAGGUCCAUGUUACCAGGUCAGUGUUGCCAGAGCCAGCCCAGAUGAAGGACAUCAUCAUCUGUAGUGGAGCUCGCUACCUCUCUACGAUGCCCUCCACUCAGAAGGCCCAGGCCCGGACCCUAGUGAUAUCGUGUGGGGAGGACUGGUCUCUCUGUGCUCCUGCUCUCUCUGCUUCUCUCCCAGUCCUCAGUGCUGAGUUCCUGCUAACUGGUAUAUUACAGCAGAGAGUGGACCUGGUAACCCAUGUCCUCUCAGCCCCCAAACCCAGGGCCCAGCCAGGAGCCAAAGGCCAGGCCAGGGGGAGGAAGAGAAUGUAACAGACCAAACUCACCUGGGUGGUAUUCAUUAAUUCAUACUGUAGCAAAACCAUAUGCAACAGAAAACAAACACUAGUGUUUCUUAUUGGACAAGUUCAGGUAAUCCCUCCCUGUUUUAGUCUGUUUUCUACCGUUAGGUGAAUAUGACCCUGGCAUAGCAUGCAGCACCCACCUCCACCUGUAUAGAGAACAGUAGCAGGACCAGGCCACAGAGGAGUGGUAACUACAGUACUACUACCCUGGAGGGGCUGGAGACCAUUAGACACCUGAGAGAGGGGAGGAUUCGGAUGUACAAGAGACAGUGGCAGCAUCCCAAAUGGGACCCUAUUGCUUACUUUUGACAAAGAGCCCUGCACUAUGUAGGGAAUAGGGUGCUAUUUGGGACGCAGACAUGAAAGGCUGGUGAGAGGAGACAUCCACCUGUAUGACCAACUAGACUAGAUAGUUGAGAAUGUAUUCACUCUGAUAAGAAGACAAACAAACCCAAGAGAUGGAAAACUAUUUUUAUGUUUAUGAGGGUAGAGAGAAAAUACAUGCAGAGAAAUGCUCUGAACAUAUUUGUGUUCAUAAAAAAUGAUAUAAAUAUGAGUUAACAUAGAGAAGACGGAGUAAUAGAUGAGAUAAUUUACUGCCUAUCCCAGUCAUUUAUUUGAUGUCUCUUCCUCUUUUCCUGUCUUUCCUCCCUCUGCUGAUCCUUUAUCUAUACUGAUUAAAAGCCAUCCUCGCCUUUUGUAUAAAGAUAACAAAUAUAUAUAUAUUAGUGCCUAUUUUACGAGGAUAAUGUUGAAUAUACCAGGUGUCUGUCUUCACCAGCUGUGAUUGCUGAAGGGACAUGUCUUCAAUCUUAGAAAAAGGACCGAACUGAUUGUUUUAAUGCUGCUCGUCCAUCUACAUCUUUGUAUGUAGGAGUUAAAUGUGUCUUUAUUUACCGACCAAUAAACCUUUCAUACCGAA